CGAGCAGUAAUCCAGAAUGGUAAAGCUUCUGCGUUUGGUAAUCGCUUCAGCGUUUGUUUGGUGUUCUCAUGGAUUACGAUUGGAUUUCCCUCAAAAUUUGUUUGCCAAUUGGUUUCAAAAAAAUAACAUAACUGCUGACUUCAAAUGCAUCAAAGAUGGACUGUACCGAAAUUCUGAGAGUUGUGAGCAUUAUAUCCAAUGUUCUAAAGGCAUUCCUUAUGAAAGAUCAUGUUCGAAAGGUUUACAUUUCAGCAUAAAGACCCAUAGUUGCGAAGCACCUUGCGACGCUCACUGUGAUCAAAUCUACGCGGAAGAAUGUGGAUGGAAAUAUUCUGUUAGGAAUGUUCCUGACGAUUUCGAAUGCAUUAAGGAUGGACUGUACAAAAACUCCUAUGGCUGCGACAAUUACAUCCAAUGCUCCGAUGGCUUGGCUUUCGAACAAAGUUGCCCUUUCGGUUUGCAUUUCAACGAAGAUACCGAGCGCUGCGAAAUGCCUUGUGACGCUCACUGUGACGAAAGCAUUGGUGAAGAAUGUGGAUGGGUAGAGUCGAAUUUCACUUCUAACCAUGCUACGCUUGUACCUGUUGAAUUACGAUGCUAUGAGGACGGAAUAUACGAAAACCACCAAGACUGCGGACGCUAUAUUGUAUGUUCCAGCGGUGUAGCCCAUGAAGAAUCCUGCCCCGAAGGUCUACAUUUUAACUCUGAAAAGAAGAUAUGUGAAGAUCCCUGCGAUGCCCAUUGUGAUAGUACUAUUUGGGAACAAUGUGGAUGGCCAACUCCUAGGGAAUGGUGCGGACGGCAGGCUCUUGAUGGUAGUAUUCCCGAAGAUUUCAGAUGCAGCAGUGAUGGAAUAUACCAAAACAACGGUAGCUGCGAUACUUAUAUUCAUUGUUCAAAUGGUAUGCCCUACAAACAGCAAUGCCCCAAAGGCCUGCAUUUUGGACCUAAAAUCCAGCGCUGUGAAUUACCUUGCAUAGCUCAUUGUGAUAAAAACCUUGCUGAAGAAUGUGGAUGGAAUAAAAACCUUGAAGAAUAUGAAUGGGAAAGUAUCAGUAAUGCUGAGAUGGCUGACAUGGCUGACACGACGUUUGAUG